CCAGCUUUUUUCUUUUUAAUAUCUUACACUUCAUAUUUUUAUUAUUGGGUAGAUCUUGUUUCUUGGAUGGUAAAAAUAUUGAAUGUGUGUUUUAGUAUUUAAGCUGCUUUUCUUGCUCUUUUGUUUACACCAAUUCAUUUCUCUUUCUCUCUUUUUUCUCUCACAAUUCAAGCAGGGAAAACUAAAAAAACUUAGGAUCAAGGAAAAUGGUGAAUAUAUGCUGCAUUGGAGCAGGGUAUGUAGGGGGGCCAACAAUGGCAGUGAUAGCCCUGAAAUGCCCUUCAGUUAAGGUGGUUGUAGUGGAUAUCGCGGUUUCGAGGAUUAAUGCUUGGAAUAGUGAUCAAUUGCCUAUCUAUGAGCCUGGCCUUGAUGAAGUGGUAAAGCAAUGCAGGGGAAAGAAUCUGUUUUUUAGCACUGAUGUGGAGAAGCAUGUAAGGGAGGCUGAUAUUGUGUUUGUUUCUGUUAACACUCCUACCAAAACCCGAGGGCUCGGGGCUGGUAAGGCUGCCGACUUGACCUAUUGGGAGAGCGCGGCUAGGAUGAUUGCUGAUGUCGCGGUUUCUGAUAAGAUUGUGGUGGAGAAGUCUACUGUUCCGGUGAAGACUGCUGAGGCUAUUGAAAAGAUCUUAACUCAUAAUAGUAAAGGAAUAAAGUUCCAGAUUCUAUCAAACCCAGAAUUUUUAGCUGAAGGAACUGCAAUCCAAGACCUGUUCAACCCAGACAGAGUCCUCAUAGGAGGCAGGGAAACCCCUGGAGGCCAAAGGGCCGUACAAGAACUCAAAAAUGUGUACGCGCAAUGGGUGCCUGAGGACAGGAUCCUAACCACUAACCUAUGGUCAGCCGAGCUGUCUAAGCUCGCGGCUAAUGCAUUUUUAGCCCAAAGGAUUUCAUCGGUCAAUGCUAUGUCCGCGCUAUGUGAGGCAACGGGUGCUAAUGUGUCACAAGUCUCCCAUGCAGUUGGUAAGGACACAAGAAUUGGACCAAAAUUUUUGAAUGCUAGUGUUGGUUUUGGAGGGUCAUGUUUCCAAAAGGACAUUCUUAACUUAGUGUACAUUUGUGAAUGUAAUGGCUUACAUGAGGUCGCGAAUUAUUGGAAGCAAGUGAUAAAGAUUAAUGAUUACCAAAAGAGCCGGUUUGUGAACCGUGUUGUUUCAUCUAUGUUUAACACCGUGUCUGGCAAAAAGAUUGCAGUUCUUGGUUUUGCAUUUAAGAAGGAUACAGGGGAUACAAGGGAAACCCCUGCUAUCGACGUUUGCAAAGGUUUAGUUGGUGAUAAGGCGUUGUUGAGCAUUUUCGAUCCUCAAGUGACCGAGGAGCAAGUUAUGAGGGACUUGGCUAUGAGGAAGUUUGAUUGGGAUCAUCCGGCUCAUCUUCAGCCUAUGAGCCCUACCGCGACUAAGGAAGUGUCCGUGUGUUGGGAUGCUUAUGAGGCUACUAAAGAUGCUCAUGCUGUUUGCAUUUUGACAGAGUGGGAAGAGUUUAGGAAUUUGGACUACAAGAAGAUUUUUGAUGGUAUGAGGAAGCCUGCAUUUGUGUUUGAUGGUAGGAAUGUUGUUGAUGUUGAUAAGUUGAGGGAGAUCGGAUUCAUCGUUUACUCGAUUGGUAAGCCUUUGGAUCCAUGGCUUAAGGAUAUGCCUGCUUUGGCAUAGCGCCUUUGCUAAUUUUGGUUGCACCAUUGGAGGGCUGACUAGCCUAGCUAGCUAGCUCCUCCAAUUAAGUGAAGGAAGAUCAGUCAUUGUUAUUCAUUUAAUUUGUUAUCAAGUUGUUAUUAUUAUUAUUUGUCAUUUUGGCUUUUGGAUUAUCAUUGAAAUCUAAUUUACAAACUUUUUUGCAUAAACCAUAGAGAUCAUAUACUAUUCUCUAUGCAUGUCAAGCAUUUGAAUGAUUUUAUAUUUUUUUUAUUUGAGCUAUAUAAGUUAAGUGUCCUGUUUUCUUUC